GAUGUUUGUGUAGGAUAGCUUAUCUCUGGUCGCACUCCACGGGGCUAGAAUUUGGCCUAGGGGAAAUCUGACCCCAAUGAGCAGAGGCAGUUCCUCCCGCCCCGCCCCUCCCUCCUGCAAUUAUGUAUGAUCGGGCUCCCCGCUUGCUCAGAUUGUCUGAAGGUGGCAGCACUGAGGAGCAUGUGGGUCCUGGGUCCUACCAGAUACCUUUCCUGAAGCGACAGGCAACAGGUGGCUAUGCACCAUUCCUUUCUUUGGCUGCCAGAGACAGUACUUUUAGUGUUGCUUCUAACACUGAGAAAGCUGUUCCAGGUCCAGGACACUAUAAUGUUUCAGAAGCACAGUAUAAUAUAAAAGGAGGCCAUAGUCUACAAAACCGGGAAGAGCGUUUUAAGAAGUUUGUUUCAGAUAGUCCAGGACCAGCAAGCUAUGAUCAGUUUUAUCAUGAAGCAUCAGAUAUCAUGAAUAGAAAAGCACUACAGGUUAAAGAGCAUCUUCAAUCAAAGUUUUCAAGGUCACCUACAGUUUCCAGAAGUGUUGAUGUUCCUUCGAUUCCUUCUUGUGGACGGUCAUAUGGAUAUGAUAUUAAUGAGGAUGGCAGUAUUAUGAAACAUUUUCCACCUACUAGUGACAGCACACUAGGUCCAGCAUACUAUAAACCUCAAUUUGAUUUUUCCAAUGCAACUUUGAAAUAUAAGGGGAUACAUUUUGGCAACUCUUUGGGAAGACUCCAGUUUCCUAUGAAGUCAGGGCCUGGUCCUGGGCAGUAUGAUAUAGUCCAGAAAAAGACACCUCAUUAUGAAAAUAUUAAUAUCAAGAAAGACCAACAGCAAAAUCAUUGCUCAUAUCUCCCACGAUUUUAUGAAGUAAUAAUACAGCAGGAGGAAAAAAAGGGAGUACCGGGGCCUGGAAAAUAUGACAUUAAAAGUCAAUUUCAGAAGACUCAAAGUAUGAUACCAAGCGUAAAUGAUGCAUCACCUGCUUUUCUUUCUCAGUCCCAGAGAUUUGUACCUAUGAAAUCAAUCACCCCAGCUCCUGGCACAUAUAAUGAAUCUCGAACUGCUUUCAAUUCCUUGAAGAAAACACCAGGACUGAAAAAUACCCCAUUUGGUCAGAGUGCUCCUCGAUUCACACAGGACUCCAGGACAGAGGAAAUGCCAGGUCCUGGGUUUUAUAACAUCCUAAACAAUACUAUGAUUGACAACAUUAGCAAUACCUACUUGAAGAAAAAAAAGAAAAGUGCAUUUGGUUCUUCUGUUCCUCGGACUCUCUUGCUGGUUCAGAAAGAAGCUUUUACUUCUCCUGGUCCUGCCGAUUAUCAGGUUGGUGGAGUUUCUGAUGAAUUACCUAACUUGACUAACCGAUAUGCUGCUAUUUUGUCAAGACCAGAAAAACCUACUAAACUGUCAGAUAUGGACAUUCCAGCACCUGGCAGCUAUGAUGUUCAAAAAUCAUAUGAGAUGUCCCAAGUUCAACAUAAAUACAUGCCACCUCGUAGUUUUGCGGCUAAGCUGAAACAUACCUCCUUUCUUAGCACAGCUCCUCGGUGCCUGGAGAAAAUGACUGAUGGGCCAGGACCUGCAGCAUACAAUCCUGUUUUAAGGAAAUCUUGCUCCAUACCCUUAUUUGUUAAGGCAUCAAAGCGUUUUAAAGAUUCCAAAGAGAUUACUCCUGGUCCAGCUACAUAUGAGCUCAGUCCAUUUUUAAGACAUUCUGUUCUGAAGAGGACAUUCAAUGUCACUCUACCAAAUCCUUCCCUGAUCAAGAGAGAAAACACUUUUACUACAGGACAAAAAGCCAAACAAAAACGCUCAGGAAGCAAAGUAAAAUCUUCUAAAUGAUAUAUUCUAAAGGUAUUAUCUAUUAAUAUAAAGGUAAGCUGACAGUUCUCUCACAAAGAAGUAAUUCCAUUUUGAUGAUGCCCUCCAUCAGCUACUCAAAGGAACAUAAUUGCUCUUCUAACCUCAAGAGAUAGAAAAAUCUGUUCUUGCAAGACAUUUAAUUCUCUAUUUUUUUUCUCAAAAUUUUCAUAUUACAAUAGUGGUAUAUAUAUUCACUGAAUUCUUUCUCAAUAUAUAUUACUAGUGCUUCCGUAUAAAAUACAAUGCUGUAUUUUAUAAAGACAUCUGAAAACCCUUUCUUUUUAACUUUAGAAUCUCAUUCUCUAACCAGAGAAUGCAAUUAUUUUCCAGA